AUGUUAUUCCAUUUUACUACACUUCUUACUCUUAUCACACAAGCAGUAUCAUUUAACGCCACAGGACCGUUUGCACUUCACAUUACAAGCAAGUCAAACUCCUCAGUUGAUGGAUAUGCUGCAGCUUGCCAUGCUGGCGCAGCCCUAGAAGGCCUUUGUUAUUCAGGUGGUGGUGGUGGUGGGAGCGUGACUGAAUUCUAUUUCAAUUACACUUCUUAUAACUCGGACACGGGGCUCCCCUCGCAACCUGGCUGGAUCACGUACUUGUUGAAGGCAGGCAGUAAUAACGGUACUAUUACUGUGCCCUCCUCGUUACGUCUCGAACCGAGCUUUGGAAGCAACGUCUACACAGCUCUUAUCUAUCCUGGCGUUGAGGAUGGCACCUCUGUUUACUUUCACCCGAAUAACGGCACAUUGUACAUGAACGGGGGCUACGACGACUCGAGCUUCAACGCCACAUAUCCUAUCCCACCUCCAUCCCUAGGCAAUCUCACUAACUUCCACUUAUGCUACCAAUUCACCGGCGGUUACUACUACCAGUCAAUUGCCUGGGUUUCUACACAGCCGCCACAUAAUCCGUCAUGUCAGCCUGUGAACCUGAGCAUAGAAGACCUUUCGUAG